GUCCUGCCGCGGCCCAGGCCGAGCCCGGCGUCGCUCUGGGGCGUCGAGCAGCGCCAGCGAGGAUGAUCCUCUCCUCUGCGCUGCAGCGUCUCAAACGCCGGGGCGGUCACGCGGCUUGGCCGUGCGCUGCAUGAGAGCUUGACCUCACUCGCAGGCUCGCAGCACAGCUCUAUUUCGCGCGCACACGCUACCGCGACGUCAUGGCAUGGUGCGGCGCCAUCGUGCGGCAACCAGCAAGCAUGCUGUGCGGAGGGAGGUCAUGUCUGCGGGAUGCACAGCAUGCAGCGAUGGUGCGCAGGCAGAUGCAGCCGCAGCGAUGGCCUGCAUGCUCGCUCCAAGCACCGCGGCGGAUGGAAGCGCGAGAGGCGGCUUCUGUCUCGAGCGGAGGUGCAAGCUCGGCGCGGGAGCGAGCCGAAAGCCAGCCACCGUUUCGCCGACGGCCGCCAGCGGCAGAACGAGGUGGGUGCAGCUGUCGUGGGAGCAAGACCCAGCUGUGCUCGCCCGAAAGCGCUGCCGCUGGCAUGGCCCGGCGAACCCAGCAGCCACCCCGCACUGCGUCCCGAUGGCAAGCCCGGGCGUACGCCGAGCAGACGCCGGAUAAGCCAGCGGCGAGAGCGUCCACGUGGGACGACGACGCACCACGUCCAGCGCCUUCCCUCUGCACCUCACGCACACCCCUGUCAAGCUCGUCAGUCACGUAUGA